AUGGAGGACCCGACGUUGCGGGACAUCGCGAACCACAAGGAGCUGAAAUGGAUCUUCGUGGGGGGCAAGGGCGGCGUCGGGAAGACGACCACGUCGUGUUCGCUCGCGGUGCAGCUCGCGCAGACGCGUGACAAGGUCCUCAUCAUCUCCACAGACCCUGCGCACAACCUCUCGGACGCCUUCCGCCAGAAGUUCAACCGGCAUCCGUCGCUCAUCAACGGCUUCACCAACCUCUACGCCAUGGAGGUCGACCCCGAGGCCGGCGACAACGAGCUGGGGCAGAUGGACGAGGCCGGCGCGGGGUUCCUCGCGGACCUCACGUCGUCCAUCCCCGGCAUCGACGAGGCGGUGUCUUUCGCCGAGGUCAUGAAGCAGGUCCAGACGAUGGACUACGACUGCAUCGUGUUCGACACCGCGCCCACGGGCCACACGCUGCGCCUCCUGCAGUUCCCCACCACGCUCCAGAAGGCGCUCGAGAAGCUGACGUCACUCAAGGGGUCCUUUGGGGGCCUCUUCGGGAAGCUCGCCGGGAUGCUGGGCGGCGGCGCGGACGCGGACGAGGGCGCGCUCAUGGGGCGGUUCGAGGAGCUGAAGAAGGUGGUGGAGAAGGUCAACAGCCAGUUCAAGAACCCGGACCUGACCACCUUCGUCUGCGUGUGCAUCCCCGAGUUCCUCUCGCUGUACGAGACGGAGCGCCUGGUGCAGGAGCUGGCGCGGUUCGAGAUCGACUGCCAGAACAUCGUCAUCAACCAGGUGAUCUUCCCGGAGAAGAACCACAGGUCGCGGCUGCUCGAGGCGCGCGUGCGGAUGCAGCAGAAGUACCUGGACCAGUUCUACGAGCUGUACGAGGACUUCCACAUCGUGCGCAUGCCGCUGCUGAUGGAGGAGGUGCGCGGCGCCGACCGCCUGCGCGCCUUCAGCCAGCACCUCAUGAACGCCUACGUGCCGGACGAGGACUGCCAGGACGGGCCGGGGCAGAUCUCCGCGCUCGAGGCCGAGCUCAAACAGCUCAAGGCGCAGCUCGGCAAGUGA